UAAAUGCAUAUCACAGACAGACAGAGCACACAACCAUGGCAGAUGGCACCCACCCACCACUACCACUCCCCUCCCCUCCCCUCCCCUCCUACUCUCAAUAAUAAUAUUCCGUGUCGUCAUUUUCUCGUUCAUUAAAUUAAUUUAAUGUAAUUUAAACAGUCGCCUGUAUAAAAACUUAAAAAGGCUUGUAAACCCCACAACCCAAUCCUUCUUCUAAUAACCCUACCUCCUCUUUAUCCAUCGCUCUCCUCCUGCGCCUUCUUUUACCCCCAUAUCCAAGCUUGGCUGUUGGCUCUUUUUCCCUCUUUUUCCUCUCCCACUACUUAAUGGGAUUUGGACCAUUCGAUCCUCUACUCGUCGCUUUCUCUUGAGAAAGUUUGUAUCUUUCAUGGAAGAAGAUGCGAGUCUUAUGAUGUGCCAAUUGAAUUCCAUUUCCGACUUCGUAUUCACUGAAACCAUGAUCAGCUUUUGUGCUUCUGUUACCUCAAGUCCUCUGUUUUCAAGCAUUGUCACUCUCUACGCUCUGAUCCUCCUCUAUUUCCCGUACCAUUUCAUCAGAAUUGUUUUCUCACCAGUGCCGAUCAUAACAGGAAUUCUCUUACUCACAAUUCUACGACUUGGCGCUGUUCAAAGAUUUGAAGGCGAUGAACACAGAGAAAAGGAAGACAAUUCUUGCCUGCUCGAAACAGAGUGUACCAAAACCAACGAGAGCAAAGAAUGCAAUGAGGAAAACAAAGAAAACAGGGGAAGCACGAGCACCUCCAUUCAAAGAACCGAAGUCCAAGAGCAAAUCCCAACUUCACCAGAAGCUCAAGAUCACAGCUUUUUCACCUACCAAUCCGAGACGGACUCCGAAAGCGAAAUGGGUUUUGAUCCGAACCCUUGUUUUGAAGACUUUUUCGUCGAGUGGAACCUGAAGGCGCCAUUAGAGGUCAUUUAUGAAGAGAAUGAAGGUGAAGAAGAUGAGAUGGAUCGUAAUGGAAAUGACCCGAAUUCGAAACCAGAGCAAGAAAGCCAAGUUCAGGGUCUUGAAAGGUACCCUUCGUUGUCUAUGUAUUACCCGGAGUCGGACUCGGAUAGCUCAUCGGACGGCGGGUAUUCGGUGACCGGAGUUUGGGACUCGCCGGAGACCAUGUGCUUCAGGUGGGAAGAGGAAGACAGAGAAGGGUUGAUAGAGAUUGCUUUGGAGGAAAAUUCAAAGAGAGGCAUGGAUUUUCAAGUUGAUCACGAGGAAGAGAAUUUGAUAGAGAUUGAUAUAUCUCCGACGAGAAACAAUGAAUAUUGUGGCAAGAAAUGGCUGUUUUCCGGCGAGGUUAGGUUCAGCUAAUGUUAGGGUUAAUAAUGGAAUUAAUAUAUUAAUACAAGAUGGAUUGUGAAAAUUUGAGUGUUUUGGGACGUUGGGAUUUUGGGGUGUUGAGUCGAGGGAUGUUUGCGUAAUGGUUUACCGUUGUAUUAUACCAAGGUUCAAGUACAUAUUAAUCACUAAUCCAGAGGUUUAAAUGUUUGAUUGGUUACUAUCGCUUAAA